AACACCCAACCCUUACCCUACUCAAGGGGGGUGUAGAGAGUGGAGCCGGACCGGGAGCAGGAUCGUACAAUGAGGUGUGCGCCGUGAGGAAGACACCGGAAAUACUUGGAGAUUGCACAUCACUUGAUUAGUGGAUCGGACUUCAUCCUCGCAGGGCUUCUCACAAUGGCAAACGUGACUUCAAGAAAGAAGUGCUUCAAGCAGAUUUCCGAAAGUUCACUGCGGUUCUUUCAGCGGAUGACUGUGCGCAAGACAGUGGAGGAUCUGAGAAAGGAUGCAGAGGAUUCGAGUUUCAAACGCACAUUGGGACCGUUAGAUCUCACCUUCUUGGGGAUCGGGGCCAUCAUCGGAGCUGGGAUCUUUGUGCUGACAGGUCAGGCAGCUGCUCGUCAUGCUGGCCCGGCUAUCAUCCUCUCCUUCGUGUUCGCCGGAAUUGCCUCUGCAUUGGCUGGCGUGUGUUAUGCCGAGCUCGCCUCUAUGAUUCCUGUUUCUGGCAGUGCGUACACUUACAGCUACGCCACUAUGGGAGAAUUAAUUGCCUGGAUCAUUGGAUGGGAUCUGAUCUUAGAAUACAUCGUCUCCUGCGCCGCUGUGGCAGUGAGUUGGGCUGGGUACUUCACGGAUUUCAUCGAUCAAUCGUUCGGUCUCGUGGUGCCUGAUCAGUGGAAAACCUCUCCCCUGUCGUUCAGUGACAUUCACGACAAGUUCGAGAUCACCGGCGGUUACAUUAACAUCGUCAGCUUGGCCGUUGUCCUUGUAGUUACCGCAAUCUUGGCAUGGGGGAUCCGUGAGUCGUCGACUGUGAACACGGUCAUCGUGCUGGUGAAGAUAGUAAUCGUGCUGCUGGUGAUCUUCGGCUGUGCGAAGUUUGUGAACAACGACAACUACAAGCCUUUUAUUCCGAAGGGCGAGACACGAGGGAAAUACGGAUGGAGUGGGGUGUUCCAAGGGGCAGUGGUGGUCUUCUUUGCAUAUAUAGGGUUUGACGCAGUCUCCACGGUCGCACACGAGUGCCGGCAGCCUCAGCGUGACUUGCCCAUCGGUAUCUUGAGCUCCUUGGUCAUCUGUACAGUGCUAUAUAUAUCCGUAGCCACGGUAAUGGUGGGUGUUGUACCAUAUCGGGAGCUGAACUCGGAUCAUCCAGUCUCCACAGCGGUGGGAAGGACUGGUCAGAAAUGGCUCACUAUCAUUGUGGACGUGGGUGCCCUGUGCGGGCUGUUUUCUGUGAUGCUGGUGCAACUGUUGGGGCAAACGCGCAUCUUCUACUCCAUGUCUAAAGAUGGACUUUUCCCGGCAUGGGCGAGCAAAGUGAAGGACUCAACGGCCACUCCUUUCAUCUCGACCUGGGUCUCUGGGAUUGCCUGUGGAUGCCUUGCGGCAUUUGUGCCUCUGGACAUCUUGGCCACUCUAACUUCUGUCGGGACGCUCUUCGCCUUCAUGUUAGUCUCCCUGGGGGUCAUCAUCCUCAGGUACACCCAACGUGAAGCCCCUCGUAAGUUCAAACUUCCCGGCCCCCCCUGGGGCAUUCCUGGUCUGUCCAUUCUCGCCUGUGGUUUCUUACUGUCUAGUGCAACCAAACAGACAAUCUACCGGCUCUUCAUUUGGAUGGGCCUCGGAUUCGUCGUCUACUUCUUCUACGGCUGGCGGUACUCCAAGCUCAAGAAUCGCGAGCUCAUGAAGGCUCCCCCUGAUGAAGUGGAAAUCCGCAGUCUGCAAAGACCGUCCAUGGUCCCCGGAACCGUCUGAUUUGCUGGCCAUUUUCAUGGGGUCCCAGGAAGGAACCGAUAGGGUUUGGCAACGAUUCCCAUGGUCCCAGAAAUGAUCCAUCCAUCUGAUUUUGUGGCGAUUUUAUUUCGGUGGUCCCAGGAAGGGAAAUCGUUGAUUUGAUGGCGAUUUUCAUGGGGUCCCAGCAAGGACCCUUCCCUUUGAAGUCAAUUUCCAUGGGUUCAACAGGAAGGAGGAGCCAUCGGAUUGGGCAACGAUUUCAUCCAUCCAUCUGAUUUGGUGGUGAUAUCCAUCCUCGUCGGUUAGAGGGAAGGGAGCCGUCGAUUUGAAAGUGAUGUCCUGAGGUCCCAGGAAGGAACCAUCAGAUUUGGCGGCGAUUUCCAUGGUCCCAGGGUCCAAGGAAGUGUCUGAUUUUGCGGCAAUUUCCAGGAAGGGUCUGAUUUUGCGGCGAUUUCCAUGGAGACCCUGGGUCGAGGGAGGAGCCAUCCCUAUAAAUGGCAACGAUUUCAACGGUCUCAGGAAGGAACCAUAGACUUGACGGCCAUCUCCAUGGGGUCCCACGAAGGAACCAUCGGAUCUGGCGGCGAUUUUUAUGGUCCAAGGAGGGGGGGGACCGUUGAUUUGGCUGCGGUUUUCAUCAUGAUGGGGUCCCAGGAAGGAACCAUCUAUGUUUUUUGGCGCCAAUUUCCAUGGUCCCAGAAAGACUGAUUCAACUGGUGAUUUCCAUGGUCCCAUGAACCGUCCGAUUUGGCGGCAAUUUCGACGGGGUCCCGCGAACUAUCGGAUUUGGCAGCGAUUUUCGUGGUGUCCCACGAAGGAACCACCAGAUUUGGAGGCUAUUUCCAUGUGGUGCCAGGAAGGAACUACCAAUUUGGCGACGAUUUCCACUGGGUCCCAGAAACCAUUGCAUUUGAUAACCGGUUUUUCAUUCUUGACGCGCUUUAAAUUAGGUAAUUAAGUGCUAUGCGGCUGAUUAUGAUGAUGACGACUUCACUUCUUCACCUAGAGCAGCGUAUUCACACUAGGGCCUUACUUACUCCUGAAUAUAUAUAUACAAUAUAUAUACGACAGCAAGCAAUUACGUUCGGAAAUCGGUCGAAAAACCCCAACCGUGAGUAUGCCCUUACUCUUCAGCUGCACACCUUCCACGUCAUCAAUCAUGUUCCAUUCAAUCACGGCGCUCUGAGUUUGCUGAACUCAGUUGUCUCUGAAUUUACUCAUUGCUCGCUUGCCCAUGGGCUUGCUGCUUGCUUGCUUCCUGGCUUGCUUGCUUCCUUGCUGGUCUCGCUUGCUGGCUGAAUGGCUGAAUGGCUGGCUGGGUGGCUGGCUGCCUGGCUUGCUGGCUUGCUGGCUUGCUGGCUUGCUGGCUUGCUGGCUGACGUGCUGGUUGGCUUGCUUGCUUCCUGGCUGGCUUGCUUGCUGGUCUUGCUUGCUGGCUUGCUGGCUGGCUGGCUGGCUGGCUUGCUGGCUUGCUGGCUGACUUGCUGGUUGGCUUCCUGGCUGGCUUGCUGGUUGGCUUGCUUGCUGGGCUUGCUGGCUGACUUGCUGGUUGGCUUGCUGGCUGGCUUGCUGGUUGGCUUGCUGGCUUGCUGGUCUUGCUUGCUGAUCUGGCUUGCUGGCUGACUUGCUGGUCUUGCUUGCUGAUCUGGUUUGCUGGCUGACUUGCUGGUUGGCUUGCUGGCUUUGUUGCUGGCUUUGCUUGCUGGCUUUGUUAGUUGGCUUUGCUUGCUGGCUGACUUGCUGGUUGGCUUGCUGACUUUAUUUGCUGGCUUGCCAAUGCAUGGUCAACCAUCCUCAUCGAUGUAAGCUUACACACAAACACACGAAUAUGAGCCGGUGAAUCGGCGGUGAUAAGCAACAGGACUGUUUCGCCCCACAACAGAAGGGGCCAGCGUUUUUUUGGAAACUCCAAUGAAGUCGGUCACAGCCCCCCCAUUUCUUGUCCUUUUCUCCCUUGCUUCUUAUAUAUACUUCACCCGGCAGUUAUCGAUGACCUGAUGAUGACUUUUAUAUCAAAUUAUAUGUAGUAUAUAGUACUGGCUCAGUGUGUACACCCAUGCACAAACUGUUGAAAUGCAGACCUCAGUUCGAAUCCAGACAGAACCAGAUGAACAAAGUUCCUCCAUUACGUGGGGCCGGUCACUGCGGUCAGAAUCACGGUGACGUCGCAAGGCUGUCGGCCUUUGCAAAAGAAGAUAUGUAAUUAGUAAUUAGUAAUUAAUUAGUAAUUAGUAAUUACUAAUUAGUAAUUAUAAUUGGUAAUUAGUGGUUCUUGUUUCCAUUACGCCUGUCUGCGAAGACGGUUCAAGUUUUCAGGUCACUGACAGUCAAUGUAAGAUUUUUAUGUGGGGAGGAUAGUGUGUGUGGUAGUCAUGCAUCUGACCUAGAUUGCAGUCAGGUUCAGUCGAAGACUCGUAGUGAGUCGUAGUCAUGAAUACUCACCUGCCUGAACGUGCGGCAGCAAGUUUAUUUCAUGGAAUAGAACAGGCAAGCACUUUGAAAAAAAAAAAAAAAAAAAAAAAAAAAAAAAAAAAAAAGAUUUUGGAUGACGUUUUCAUUAAUGUCGUUGCGUCGGUUGCCAUCAAUUGGAAGUGCUGAAGCGGCACUUGGGGAAAAGAAAUGUAAAUGUAUUAUGCACAUAAUAUGCAUAAUAUGCAGGCCUUGGACACAGUUUCAGUCUGUUUGUGCAAUUCUGGAGCUUUUACAACAGUU